GAACGUGCCCCCGUGGGUAACGACGUCCUGACGUAAGACGUGUGAACAACAAACAGUUCUCGGACUUCAACAAGCUAGCGAAUGGUAACGCUAGACAAAACAGGUUCAGCGUACUUCUCCCGGACAGAGAAACACCGACGAAACCUGUGCGGUCGGAAAAUCUUCAUACCCUCGUAAUAAUCAGCAGCAUUUGUACCGGCAGCCGUCGCUUCGCCGCGGAUCCCGAGCGCAAACGUUAGCCAUUGAAAACAUGCUCAUUGCGCGGAGUAUGACGCCUGUUUUUUUCCUGGCUGCCGCUCGUCGACGGUUGUGAUGCGAGCCGAGCAACACGACGGAGGGUGAGACUUACAGACGGGAACAUAUUUUUUAUUGACACGAGAAGAAUGGACUUUGUCGACGAGAAACAGACGGGCUCACGUAAAGAAGCUGGCACGCGACCGUUCACGGGCCUGGACGUCAUUGUUGGGGAACAACUUUGGCAAGCUAGCGAACAUUAGCUCGCUCAAAUUCAUGCAAAUUAAUUGGUUUGGUGUCGGGCAGUAAGCUCUAUCUGAUAAGCGUUAUGGAGGCACCCGGAGGGACUUGUUAAUAUCAAUUGACGGUCCUGGUCGUCUUGUAUGUUGUUGGCAAUGUGCUGUGAGCAUUUCUUUGGUUCCCUCUUGGAGCUGCAGGAAACUGUUGGCAGGCAUUAAGUGGUGGUUGCCUGUCUGGGGGAUGAUAGUGUAACAAAGUUUCCUGGUUUAGUACACACAGAUAAUUACUGGAACAGUAUCCAUUUCACAUAGGCGUCACAUAUUUCUUGUAUUGACAUUUUGUGUGAAAUUGCACUUUAAUUAGCUGUUUUUUUUAAGGAUGCACCGAUGUCACCUGUGAUUUGGGGUUUGUGAAAACUAUUAAGUAAUUCACCCCUAGUACAACAAGCUGUAGUUCUGAUUGCGCUUAAAUAUAAUUUGGCCAAUAACGGAUCAGUAUAGGUUCACAUUUACGUAUAAGGUUGUGAGACAAAGGCCAGAGACAGCCUUAUCCAUGUCGGUUGGUUCCUAGUUACUGUUUAACCUAAUAUCGAGGCUGUCUGGCACAGUUACAAUCUGAGUUUCACUGGAAAUGAAAACAUGAAUAUCGAAGAACAGUGUCUAGAUUUGUGCAAUGUCAAGACGAAAAGCAAUGUGGCCGAUGACCACAACACUACUAACAACACCGAAGGAAUCACCUCCCGGAUCUCUGAACUGAUGACGGACAGUAAUACAGAAAAACAAAACAUUGUUCCCACAGAGGCCUCAGAAACGUACCUGAUGCCUCAGCUCACUGACAACCUUCAAGCAGCUGAGGAGGACAACCACCAGGCACAAGACACUCUGGAAAUUGAUGAGGUCAAUGGAAAUAGAAAGAGCACUGCUCAAGACAACCCUGCGGUAGUGAAUCCUACUGACUUGAUCUUUUCUAAUGAUGAGCAGCACAAGGAUGAUAUUGGGGUGGAGAAAAUGAAGGAAGAUAAGGACACUGCAACAUUUGUUGUGGAAGAAGGGGAUGAUGGUGGGGACAUGGACAUAGGUGUAGAUCUGAGUCUCGAUGAGAGUGGAGUGUUGGAGGCUGAAUCAACAAAUGACAGAUCAUUCACAGACAACAAUACUUUAGACUCAGAGUCUACAGCUCAGGAUGUCCCAGCUGGCAGCGCGGGAGAGAGCUUGUCAGAUGCCAUCCAGACAAGCAGCACAGAAGCCGCUGCCACAGACCAAGCUGGACUGUACCCUUCUGUGGAGCACGGGGACGAUAAACUCAAACCAAGUGGCAAACGGGUGACGUUUCCCUCAGAUGAGGAUAUUAUCUCUGGAGCAGUGGAGCCCAAGGAUCCCUGGAGACAUGCUCAGAAUGUCACAGUGGAGGAGAUCCUCUCUUUCUACAAACAAGCCUGUCAGAAACUCAACUGUAAACCCAUACCCAAAGUGCUCAAACAAAUGCAGGAAAUGAAAGACCUGACUCAGCGAAAUGAAUGCUUAGAUCUGAAAGGUGAGAAGCUGGACUACAAAGCAUGUGAGUCUCUGGAGGAGAUUUUGAAGAGGGUCCAGUUUAAAGUGAUAGACCUGGAGCAAACCAACCUGGAUGAAGAUGGUGCAUCAGCUCUCUUUGACAUGAUCGAGUACUAUGAGUCGGCCACACAUCUCAACAUCUCCUUCAACAAGCACAUCGGCACACGGGGAUGGCAAGCCGCAGCUCACAUGAUGAGGAAGACGAGCUCUCUGCAGUAUCUUGAUGCACGUAACACUCCUCUGCUGGACCACUCGGCUCCCUUUGUAGCACGAGCACUCCGGAUCAGUGGCAGCCUGGCAGUACUCCACCUAGAGAACGCUGGUCUGUCUGGCAGACCUCUCAUGUUACUGGCUACGGCUUUGAAGAUGAAUAUGAACCUGCGGGAAUUGUACCUGGCAGACAACAAGCUCAAUGGCCUGCAGGACUCAGCCCAACUCGGCAACUUGCUUAAGUUCAACUACAACAUUCAGAUCCUGGACCUGCGCAACAACCACAUCCUAGACUCUGGUCUGGCCUACGUGUGCGAAGGACUAAAAGAGCAGAGGAAGGGCCUCGUCACUUUGGUGCUAUGGAACAACCAGCUCACACACAAUGGCAUGGGCUACCUCGCUGCUGCACUGCCAUGCACCCAGAGUCUGGAGACUCUGAAUCUCGGCCAUAACUCUUUGGGUAAUGAAGGGGUCCACAAGCUGAAGGACGGACUGAUUACCAACCGCUCUGUGCUCAGACUGGGCCUCGCUUCCAUCAAACUGUGCUGCGAAGGAGCUGUGGCUGUGGCUGAAUUUAUUGCUGAGAGCCCCAGACUGCUGCGUCUAGACCUACGAGAGAAUGAGAUCAAGACAGGUGGACUGAUGGCCCUGUCACUCGCCCUAAAAGUCAACACCUCUCUGCUGCGACUCGACCUUGACCGGGAGCCCAAAAAAGAAACCGUGAAGAGCUUCAUUGAGACCCAGCGCGCCCUGCUGGCUGAGAUCCAGAAUGGCUGCAAGAGGAACUUCAUCCUGGCUAAGGAAAAGGAGGAAACGGAGCAGAAGAUGAGGCAGUCGGCAUCCAUGGCUGAAAUAGCCACAGAGGAUGGGACCAGAGAAGAAGAGGAGGAAGAACCAUUAGCAGAAGAGAAAGUGGAAAUAGAGGUUACAGACGCAGAAGAAAAAGGUGAAACAACAAAGAAGGAAGAACAGUCAUGCAGCCAAUCACGAGAGAGCACUGAGACAAGCAUUCCUCAAAUGAUCCUGGAGUCGGACUCAGACACUGAGGAUGAGGAGGCGGAAGUGGUCACAAAGUCAUCCUCCUCGUCAAACUCUUCCACUCGGUUUAACCAGACUAAUCCUCAAACCCAUACAGGGGUUGCACAGCCUCUGCUCAGUGCCUCAUGCACGUCCUCACUCCCGUCUGCCUCACCUGCUGGCGGGCCGAGUGCCAUCUCCGUCAUCACCGUUACAGAAUCCACAGUGCCUCCAGGUACCCCGCCAUCUCCUGGUCGCUGUAUAUCUGUCUCUAGUCCAGGGAGGGGUCACAAGAUCUUCAUGGUAACUCGGGUGGAGAGCCCCCCUGAGCAGCAGCAGCAGCAGCAGCAGCAGCUACAAAUCCAAAGGGGUUUACCUGGAGCUCCCAGCCAUGGUAAAGAGGCCUCAAAGAAGCCUGGAGGAGGGAACACCCCCCCGACACAGCAGACACAGCCACCGCCCUCAUCUCAAACAGCUACACAAACACAACUAACACAAGAAGACGUGAAGGUGAGCUCACCUGCUCCGUCAACUGACCCUAAACUCACAGAGCAGAAUCCUGUAGCACACUUGGAGUCUCCACUAAAUACUCCACUAGCGCCACAGUCUACAAGGCAACCCACAGAGGAUGUGAGCGCGAGCACUUUAGAAGUGACAGAUACAAGUCAACAAGCACCAGCCAUGCCUUCAAAUUCCUCGUCAGUGCAGGCUGCAGCAUUUCAGCUCACUGAGGAGGUAAUGGAGAGCAUUAAAAGCCCCCAAUUUGAGCUCACUUGUGUAGAAGAAAAGAAGGAAGGAGAGGAGGAGGAGGAGGAGGAGGAGAGUCAUAUAGAAGAUAAGAGACAGGUGAGCACAGACGAAGGGUGUAAACUGUUAGGUGAACUGAGUCAAACCCACACUACUUCAAUCCCUGCGGUACAAACGCAGCAGCAGCCGUUACCAUCUGCUCUUGAAAACCUACAGGAUGAGCUAGUAUCCGCAUCCGCGCAGACUCAGGUGGAGAACCAAACCGAGGAAGAAAAAGAGGAUCUACUUCCACAGGAAAAGCAGGAUGCACCAGCCGACUUGUCGGAAAUUGAAAAACAGCCAACCCAAGAUGAACCAUGUCCAAAGCAGCAAACAGAGGCAGAUGAGCAGGCAGUAGAGCCUGUUCUCUCUGUCCAUACUGAUAAACAGGAACCAUCUGUUGCUCAGGAGUUAAAUCCUCGAGCAGAGGAAGUCUCAAAGAGUCCCGAACCUGCCACAACAGAGUCUGUGUCCCCAGUCAAAGACGAGGAUUCACCCGAUGAGAGCUCUGCAGACGAGGACGAGUGUUUUGCCGAGGCUCCGGAGGAGAUCAUUGGUUCAGCGCUACCCAACGGCCUGAAGCCUGAGUUCUCCCUCCAUCUUCUCGAUGCUGAAAGCUCCAAGCCAGGCAGCUGUGUGAUGGAGCACGUGAGUGUCAGCUGUGGACUAGACCUGGAGGAGCUGCUGCUAGAAGCCAGUUUGGAGACGGGUAGAGGGGCACCAUGAGGAUGUAAGGGACCAUGAGGACUCCGUUUGUCUGGCUCUACUACGUGACUGGUUGCCCUACAAUGUUUUUGUUGUUUCUUUGACUUUACCACCGACACAACCUUUCCUUAAAGGAGCUGGUGUGACAGUUGAAGCUCUCUGAAAAUAUAAGCAAAUUAUGGAAAGAUAAUAGGACUAAAUUAACUCCUGGAGCGUUGCUGUGACAAAUAAGGAACCCUCGACAUCCACAUCCCAUUAACCACUGAGACACACAUACAUAUGCACAUUAUGAGGAAGAGAAAGAAAAUCACCAUGUUAUCACUACAUUUUGUUAAAUCUGCAAUCUUUCCACACAAGCAGCCGCCUGCAAGUGAGAAAGAAGAGCGCUGGGGGAUGAAACACUAACCAAAGACAGAACACAGACCUUUCCCUCUUGUUGCGCUCUUGUGUAGAUUUCCACUGUAGUUGGGGAAAUAUCAAUUUAAUUUUGUUUCUUGUUUUUUUCAGAAAAUACAUACACAAAAGACAUAACGGUGAUAAUAAGAAUAGCGUGGUUCACAAAAUAAUGGUGACGGACCCUGCUAAGCGCAUGCUGGCUUCAAACACUAGUUCUGGAGGUGGAAGUAGGUCACUGUCAAAUGCUUUUAUAUCUGAGGAAGCUGAAGAUGUUAACGUGUCUGUUUAAAUGUCAAUGUUUUAUGUCUGUGUACCCACUCCCGACCAUUUUUUACCUUCGAGGGGCCAAGCUCUUAAGGGACCUCUUCCAAAGUGACCUCCCUCUUUGUCUGUUUUCUCUUCCUCCGCUCACUUUGGCCCCUCAGGAAUCAGCGUCCCCCUCCGAUCGGUCUCCUCAGAUCUGAUGUGGAGGAGCUGUAACUGUCUCCACUUGCCUUUCAAACACUUUUUGAAAGUGACAGUCGUUAAUUUUGCUUUCAGCUGAAAAAGACAGAACUUGCGAUUGUUGGAAAGCAAGAUGUCUGCAUUUGGGUUAUUUACAUCUUUUUUUCCUUGAUUCUCUGCAACUUUCAGACACUAUUAUUGCUUAGUUCGACCAGUCAUUGUUGUGUUAAACUCUUUCAAGAUAAGCAGCUCGGUGUCUGUCGUCAUCUCUUCCACUGGUACUUUAUGCCAUUACCGCUCCAGCUCAUCAUUCAUGUUGCCUUCAAAACUUACCACUUCAGAUUUGGUCCUUUUUUUGUUUGGGCUGCUUUGAGAAAUUCGUUAUUUUCUAUUUAUUUUAUAGCUUUAUGAGACUUUUCUGAUCCAUUUUCCCAUUUUCUUCUUCACCCCAUCAUCAUUUUAUCUUUUCUUUUCCAUUUUGGGGGUUGCUUUUAAAGAUUAACCCCAUUGUGAUGUAUAUUUCAGAUUAAAACUAGAGCAAAUAUUUUGUUUUGUUUUUGUGGGGGUGGGGGAGGGGGGCAGUGUAAUCUAUGUUGGAAGGAAAGGUGAAUAUGAUUGGAUGGUUGACUGGUAGCAGUCGGGUGCAGUAAUAAAAGCAAACACAAGGGAGCAGCAAAGAUAUUAGUUCUCAUCAAAGUCCUUGUUGUUUUUAACUCUAGUCUGCUGGGUGACGCUGUGGCCACAAGGGGGCGCUGUGGGCCGUGUUGUUUCCCACAGAGUUUACAGCCAUAAAGGAGCACACUGCAGGAGCUGAUGUCCGCGCUCAAAUCCAACUCCGGUCUUGAAUUUUCCAGAUCAAGAACUUGAGCAAGAAACUUUACAUGAACUUCAUGCAUGUUCGUGAAAAGAGUUGCUUUGUAUUAGUCGAGGCAGGUGUGUUUGUUUCUUUUCUUAAUUAAAAGGAGCAGCAUUCAACCUUCCUGCUCCUCUUCACCCAACGGAUAGUUUGCCCCCACUGUUUGUUAUGCUUUCAUUUUUAGAAAUUUGUAAUAAUAAUUUGUUAACUUAAUUGAAAAGUGCUGGUAAUCACAAAGAUAUGUAUGAAAUGUGUUCCUCUCAAAUAAAUGCAUGUAAUGACUAAAUGA